GCGUAUGCACACACAUACAGCUUAUUUCUUUUCUCUCUUCUGGCACAGAGACUGUAUCAUAUAGAGUGGUGCGAGGUGAUCCCUUUUGUGAGAAAAUAGUGACGAAAAGGGGUACACAAGCAUUUCUGAUAUACAAGGAAAGCAUAUGGUAACCAAAAAAAAAAUAGUCUGUGCUUUCGCUCAGUUUUAUACUUUUGCAAACCACUGCCACAGCCAUACCUUACCACCACCGCUUCCGUUUACCACAGUCCUCUCCGUCCUCUUUUGAUUUUAUUUUACCGUAAACGCUCCUAAUAGCUCCUAUUUUACGCCUUUCUAAUUGAUCCUUCUGGCCAAAUUGAAUCUAGUCAUCUUGACGAGCGUUACAUGACAACGGCACCGACGACACAGACGACUACAGCCACGGAAGAAGCGCCUGUCCAAGACGACGACAACGACGACGACGACCAUUCCGUUAGUUUUUCGUCACAUGUGAGGAACACAAUCCGUCUUUUCUUUCCCCUAGCAAGCCAAAGUUUGUGUAUUUUCACAGACAACGACAACGAGAACGAACAGCAGCAAGAAAAACAACAACAACAGCAGCAGCGCCUUUCUGCAGCAAGAACAGCAACUGCGCGUGGCAUUCAUAAUUCGUAUCUAUUCCUUACUACGCCCAUAUCACCGUCGGUAGUAACGACAGCAACAACAACAGCAACAGUAACAACAGCCACAGCAGUAGCAGCAGGAUCCGACAAAGAACGUUCGUUAAACAAAGCGUAUCCAGCAGCACCACCAGCACCGAAACUACUCACUCCCACCACUGCUGAUGUAAUCCAGCAACAGCAGCAGCAGCAG